GGGCAUGGUCUAAGCCGCUCCCGCGCCCGCGCCGCCGGAAGCCUCCGACCACCACCGCUGCGUGUCGCCCUCUUCUCAGCCCCAGGUACAGUCGCCGGCCACCAUGGGCAAGCAGAACAGCAAGCUGCGGCCCGAGGUGCUGCAGGACCUGCGCGAAAACACCGAGUUCACCGACCACGAGCUGCAGGAGUGGUACAAGGGCUUCCUCAAGGACUGCCCCACCGGCCACCUGACCGUGGACGAGUUCAAGAAGAUCUACGCCAACUUCUUCCCCUAUGGCGACGCCUCCAAGUUCGCCGAGCACGUCUUCCGCACCUUCGACACCAACAGCGACGGCACCAUCGACUUCCGGGAGUUCAUCAUCGCGCUGAGCGUGACUUCGCGGGGGAAGCUGGAGCAGAAGCUGAAGUGGGCCUUCAGCAUGUACGACCUGGACGGCAACGGCUACAUCAGCCGCAGCGAGAUGCUGGAGAUCGUGCAGGCCAUUUACAAAAUGGUGUCAUCUGUGAUGAAGAUGCCAGAGGACGAGUCCACCCCAGAGAAGCGGACGGACAAGAUCUUCAGACAGAUGGACACGAACAAUGACGGCAAACUGUCCCUGGAAGAAUUCAUCAAAGGUGCCAAGAGCGACCCCUCCAUCGUGCGGCUGCUGCAGUGCGACCCCAGCAGCGCCAGCCAGUUCUGAGGCCGGGGUGGGCAGCGCCCUUCUCAGCUUUGCUUGCAAAAGCGGACGCCUCCACCGCCCUCCCGCCGCGACACAGCACCCCGGCCGGCGGGCUGCACCUCCCUCCUCUGCCUGACCAGCGUGAUGUCCCCUCCCUCCCUCCCGGCCUGGCCCCUCCACAGUGACUCCCGGGGAUGGAACCCUCCGCAGGGCACGGCUUGCUGGGCCGGACAGGGCUUUCCAGGAGCGCGAGGCCGGUGUUGGGCGCCCCUGCACCAGCUCGGGGACUUUGAGGGCUGGGUGGGGAGGAAGGCGAAGACGGAGGAGCACGGACAGCCGGGCCCCUCCCAUGCAUGGCCCACGCCCCUCCAGUGUGACCAGAGCCCCUUGCACGUGUCGCCCUGUGGCCUUUCUCUUCAUAUAUAAAUUAUGUGUCUGCUGACGUGAGGUGUGACGUAGGUCCCCUGUGUAAACCCUCCCGCCACCCAUGCAGCAUGGUCCCGUGGCCUGUGGCUGUCCCGUGGAUUUCUGUCUUUCACCGGCCCCGUGCUGGAGAAAUGCAUGCUCGCCCGGGGCCCUGGACAACGCGCCGUCCCUGCUGCAAGUGCAGGCGUGUGUGUGAUCGUCCGUCCUGUUGAUUGGUCUGGCAUUUCUGGUAUUAAAUGAUUAAAUA